CAACAACCAACAAAAGCAAAAGCAACAAGGCGACACAAAAACCUGUAACGCAGCCAGAGACGUCGACACAGGAAUUUUUAAAGAGAUUUGCAGAGGGGAAACCUCACCAGUCACCGAGCCUGCACCAGAUUUUAUCAGCAAUAAGCCGCACCAACCAGCAUGAAAGGCUGGUUCGACGCAUUUCGAGACGAUGGGGGACCAACGCUGUACUCAUUCUCCAACCGAACACCAGUCACCGGUGAUGUCUCCAUUGUGGCAGUCUCUGUUUUAUUUGCCACAUUCUAUGUCGCAUUUUUGGUCAUAUUUCCGGGUGUACGAAAGCAGAAAUUCACAACAUUCUCGACAGUCACACUUUCGCUUUUUGUGGGUCUAGUCAUUCUGAUCACUCGUUUGGGAUCCGCGUGGCAUGUGGCACAUGCAACCAUCAUUGCACCGUAUAAAGCCUUCUCACGCGAGAAGCUACCAGCUCGGAUCGGCACCCACAUUGGUCUCAUGCAUGUCAAUGUAACGUUGGCAGCCAUACCCAUUGGAAACUACACGCCACCGGAUAUCGACUACAACGAGCGCUUCAUGUGGGAGGGUGCCACCGAUAUGAGCGCCAACUAUCGACAUGCGCUGCAGCGUGGUCUGCCUUUUCCUAUACUCACGGUGGCCGAGUACUUUAGCCUCGGUCGCGAGGGCUUCUCUUGGGGCGGACAGUACAGGGCUGCGGGAUAUUUUGCAAGCAUAAUGCUGUGGUCUUCGCUGGCCUCGUGGCUGCUGAUGAACCUUUUACUGAUUGCCGUGCCACGGUAUGGUGCGUAUAUGAAGGCUCUUACGGGGGCCUUGCUCGUCUGCACCACCGUGGGAUAUCAUUGUCUGUUGCCCAAGCGACCGUUGUGCAUUUAUUUGGAGGGCGGACGAUUG